UAUUUCAGGAUUGGCGGAUCCGUGUUUGGCCAUUACGUUAUGCUUUCUUCUACACAUACACAAGGAUGAUAGAAAAGAGAAGACGUAAUGGAGUGUUCCCGAGCGUCCUUGCGAUGAAAACCACUUUAGUAUUCGACAGUAUUCGAGGAAGGGAGCUGCAAUGAAGGCGGGGGCCUCCUCCAUGUGGGCAUCAUGUUGCGGGCUGCUGAACGAGGUGAUGGGCACAGGGGCGGUCCGCACCCAGCAGCCGGGUUUUGGAGCCGGAGCCGGGCCGUUCCGCUUCGCACCCAGUGCUGGUUACUCCACCUACCCGCCCAGCAGCACCACCUCAGGAAGCGCAGGCCUGGCGUGCAAAGCUUGCGGACUGGCCUUCUCUGUGUUCAGACGAAAGCACGUUUGCUCAGACUGCAAGAAGAGCUUCUGCUCGCUGUGUUCUGUGCUGCAGGAGAACCUGCGGCGCUGCUCCACCUGUCACCUGCUGUGGGGCACGGCCUUCCAGCGGCCCAGGUUAAUGCGACUCCGCGUUAAAGACCUGCGGCAGUACCUCACGCUGCGAAACAUCAACACGGACACCUGCAGGGAGAAAGAGGACCUGGUGGACCUGGUGCUCUGCCAUCUGAGCGCCGAAUUGGAGAUGGGGGAGGAUGAAGAGGAGGAGGAGGAAGAGGAGGCGGAAGCGGAUACGGACAGUCUGCCCUCACUUCCGCGCUCCCUCUCCACGCCGCCCGCCUCCGCGGCACGAUCCUCCUCCCAGCAGUCGGCGCUGUCUGUCGCCGUGUCUCAGGGAGAGGCUCUCAGUCGCAGCGAUAGCUCAGGGACAACCAAUCAGGACCAUGGAGAUGCUACAUCAGUUUCCCUCCUCAACCUGGAGCCUCAUGAAGAAAUCCUGGAGGCCAGCCCUGCGACGCAGAGGCGAGCACGCGCCUCCCUCUCGGAUCUGUCCCGCGAGGAUGACAUCGAGAGCCUGACAGUGCGGCAGCUCAAGGAGAUUCUCGCCCGCAACUUCGUCAACUAUUCAGGCUGCUGUGAGAAAUGGGAGCUGGUGGAGCGCGUCCAUCGUCUCUACAGAGAGAACGAACUCAACAGAAGAUCGAUGGAAAAUGUUAGCAACAGCCUAACUGCAGUCAAAGUCAUAGCUUACCCUCCUCCUAUAUGCAAUGGAGGUAUUGGAGAUGGUGUGCAAGUAGCUCAGCUUGGCGGCGCUGAUGAGAACCUAUGCCGUAUCUGCAUGGAUGCCGUGAUAGACUGCGUUCUGCUGGAGUGCGGUCACAUGGUCACUUGCACCAAGUGUGGCAAGAGGAUGAGCGAGUGCCCCAUCUGCAGGCAGUACGUGGUGCGGGCGGUGCACGUCUUCAAGUCUUAAUGGGUGAGCUUCACCUCCACUGGAAAACCAACACACCAGAUGCUUCCUGUUGGACCGAGCAGGCUGGGGCUGUGACUGGAACAAUGAACUGCCCCCCCAGAUUCAAAGUGGUGGAAACCUGUACUGCGCACACCUUCUUUACAGAGCAUUUCCUGCUGCCCAUUUUUAUUUGGUCAUUCGUUGACACGCUUGAAAUCAUUUCUGCGGUUACUAACCAUGGGAAGAUGGAAGAUUUAGAGGAAUAACGUAUAAAAAUAUGAACGUUUAAGUGGUUUACAGUACAUUCCUGUAAACUUUUUGGAAAUGUCUUCUUGUAUGUGCAAUAUUAGAAAUCUUUACGUGUGCGUGUAGGGAAACCGAUUGCCAUUAAGAUGCAUGUUGUUGUAGCAGCAGUUAAGACCAUUGGUGUGAAGGGGGAACGUACUGUAGGUGCCAAAGUAGAAAUGUGCAGAACGGCUUCUGGAUUAUGUUUUGACGUGCUUUUAUCAUUAAUAAGCAUAUUAUUUUCAUGUAUUAAAUCAGCUAUUGCCAUACCACAAAUCAGCAUCCAUUACACCGGAUCAAAUGACCAGCUAGCAGAAGAGUUAUUUAUAGAAACUGUAUCAUAUUUUUUCACAGAGUCACUGGAAUCCAGCAUCUGCCGCUAUGUAGCUUAUUACUGGAACCUCAAUUACUUUUUUUUUUUAAAUCAAAUUUAGCAGUGUCUGUCAAGCGUCAGGUGUGUGGUUGGUUUGUCUCCAUCGUGCUUCAUAUACAAUUUACUUAAAGGUGUACGAAGUCAUUUUUUUGAUUGGGUGGCUACUAGGGCUGCACGAUGUGUAGUUUAAGCAUCGAUAUCGCGAUGUACAAAUCCAUGAUAGUCACAUCGCAGGAUGUGCGAUGUAGGCUGUCGUAGUUGAUCCGUUAUUCAUUAACUGUAUGGGCCAAAGAGCACGCAAGAGAGAGAGAGAGAGAGAGAGAAAGAGAGAGAGACAGAGAGAGAGAGAGAGCGCGCACAGCCGGCAACACACUAGAUGCGUUCAAUCAAUUGACACGAUGGUGUCGGUUUAAAUCAUUUAAAAUGAGAAUGUAAGUGUGCUCACCCCAUUUUUGUUUGUAAGAAAAAGAUUUGAUUUCAUAUCGCAAUAUAUAUAGCAGAAAAAUAAAAUAUCGCAAUGUAAAUUUUUCCCAAUAUCGUGCAGCCCUAGUGGCUACCAAGGUAAAGGAAUUUAGGCUGGUCCCGUGUUAUCUCAACGGUUAGAAAGGCUAACUUUUUUGGAGUCUCACAUGAGAGUACAAUAUUAAAAAAAUUAUCAGAGCACUAUUUAUUGGUUUAGAAGCUGGUGAAAAAAAUAAAAUAAAUAUAAAAAAUCUCAGUGCACCUUUAAGCCUUGGUAGGUUUCAUUUGCAAAAUAUUCGGUUUUUAUAGUGGGUAAAAAAAGAGACCAUUUUGAGUUUGAUGUUCUUCAUCUCCAGCAAUACCAUGAAAGAUGUCUGUUUUUUUGGGUGAGUUGUGUCGUAACACAUUUAUAUAGCAUAAGAGAUUUUCCACAAGUGGUGCUACAUUAAUUUACGUAUCACAGUUCCCUAUUGCUUUCAUGAUUUUACGUAUGUUAAACCAUUUCUUUCCGUUUUUUGUGCAUAUUUACAUUUUCUAGAUAACGAUAAAGUAAAGAGGAAAGGAAAUUGUUAUUUGAUUCCUCUAGAUGCCCUUUGUUGCUGUGAAUCCUGUAGUCAAAUACAAGUUGUCUGUGGUAUUGGCUAGACAAACAAAUAUAAAGAAACAUUUAAUCAAUUAAAUGAUUUCAUAUACGUGAAAAAGUUGUACACAAAGUAUAUGGAUAUAUUUUCCUCUGUUGUCCAGUUUUUCUUAUGUUUCUUAUAAAUGUUUUGUCCCCUUCAGCAUUCCAGUUUUUCCUUGAAUGUAAACAACAUUUAUUUCAUUGUUUAUAUUUUAAACCAGUCACAAAUAAUUCUAUAGUAGAAUUGAUUACAUUCUGGUGUCAUAUCCAUGUAUUUCUAUAUAAUCAGACUGUUUUAUAAUUUGCUUCUAGGAACAUCACACCCGUCUGCCCAACACUGACACUGUGCUUAUGUGUAUGUUUCUAAUGCUGCUAUCUCUAAAAGAUGUCACUUGGUAGUAGGCAACUAUAGCUAAGCAGACAAGAUUACACUCUAAAUGAUUUAAAUUGAGCGCUGGAAGACGUUUUGGGAUCUGGUCUUUGUAUUUUGGAAUGUUGAACUUUUUAUUUUGGUAAUUCAAAGAUGAUUUAUUAAAUUUAAUAAACUUGAACUAACAAAAUAAA